ACUGAAGUGAGAAGGCUUCGCGUCCCUACCAGCUGCAUCAUGAGCGUCGUCCCUACCAGGUGCUCUGCUUGAUCUUCCACCGCCAUGCGUCGUUUGGACGUGUUGCUCAUCUCACUGCUCCUGAGUGUGUGCCUGGCGCCGCUGUGGAGAUGCCAGGCCUCAGCAGCACCUGCAGAAGGUACAGCACACCCACACGCACACAUUCAUGGUGCAUACAUUCAUCUGCGUGUACGCCAGUUCUGUGUGGUUUGUCGUGUUGUCUGGUAGGCGGCGAGGCAGACAACGAUCUGGAACCAUCACAGGUGCAUAAUCACACGCACUGCUGCGGCCCGGCAUUGCUAGCUGGCACCCACUGCUUUGCUUGUCUGUGUCCUGUUGUGUCGUGUUGCUUCAUCGCGUUGAUUGGUUAUCAGUCCGAUGAGGUCGAGACGGAUCUACCGUCGUUCAGCGAGGAGGAAGAUGAAGUCGAUGAGAUUUUCGCAGAGGCCGACGCUGCCAAACUGCAGAAACUCACGAGGGCAAUCGAGUUCAAGUAUCACACACACGCGCCCACACACACGUGUCAACGCAACAGGUGGAUUGUCACACGGGGGUGGGCUGCCUGGCUGUGUACGUCGUGCAGGUAUGGCGAGAACGGUCGAAAGAAAGACAUAAGGAGGGCGGCACGGCUGCUCAAAGACGUGAAGGGGCAAGAGGGUUCCAAACAAACAUCGCAUAAUUUCACUCCCGUGCUUUUGUGAUGGAUGUUGUCAUGUCACAUGUGGUGUCCCAUCAGUUGGUGACUGGCGAGGACAUGGUGGCGAUGCAGGCGCUCUACGAGCUGGGCGACAUCUAUAUGCUCGGUCGGUACCAUAGAUCGAUCACGUGCGCACGUACGUGCAUCAAUCAAUGGGUGUUCGUGGCUGUCAUGCUUGCAUAUAUCUGUGUCCAUACAGGUGCGAAGGGUUUGCGUGGGGUGCGCCGCAACCUGCGUCAGAGCCUGUCUUACUUCAACCAGUCGGCCUACAUGGGCUGGGGGCCAGCACUGCACAUCAUGAGCUUCGCAUACGCAUCAGGAUUCCAAAGCCUACUCGAGGUACGUGCAUACGUGCAGACACCGUACGCAACAGUGGUUGAUAGACGGGGCUGUUUUGUUUUGUUGUGUCGUGUUGCGUUUUGUUUUCAGCCCGAUGAGAUCCGUGCGGUGAGGCUGGAGCACCUGGCCACGGCGACGGGCCACUUCGAUGCCGUUAUGGGAAUGGGUUUCCGCUGGUACUACGGACACGGCGUCCCCAAGAAAUGCGAAACCGCACUCAGAUACUAUAAGGCAAGUGACGCACGAAGCGAACGAACAAAGGGAGAGAGGGGAUGCAUGCAUUGUGUGUUGUGUGUCAGCAUGCGGCCCAGAUAGCUCUUCAGGAGGAUGCGCUGGGCAACCCGCCACUCGGGGACGCAGACAGGCUGACCGACCAGACCCUGCAGCUCUACAACAAACAACAGCAGCUCGCCGCACAACAAGUGAGGCCGAACACACACACAGAAGACAUCGUCAUAGCUCUCUCUUUCUCUCUGUGCGUGUGUGUUGGUUGGUAUCAGUAUGAGGUGCUUCAGUAUUGGGAGCAUCAGGCCAAGGGCGGCGACCCCAUGGCCCAGUACGAGCUGGCCAAGCUGCACGAGGACGAGAGCGCCGCCGCCAACAUGGACAGGCGCAGGCGGGUCCCGCCCAAGUCCCUGGAGCUCUACCAGCAGGCCGCCGAGCAGAACUACCCGCAGGCACUGACGGACCUCGGCUACAUGUACAUACAGGGGGCCGCUGGCGAAACAAACAUCACAAAGGCCGUCGAGAAGGCCGUCGAGUGCUUCGAAAAGGUCAGCCAGACGGACUGACAGACAGACAGCCACACAGCAGCACCCACACACGCAGGCAAUAUAUGUCUGUAUGUAUGCAGGCAGCCGAGCUGGGUGACCCGACAGCGCAGGCAGCGCUAGGCACUAUCCACCUGACGCUGCUGAAACCGCGCAACGUCGCACUGGCGAAGGAAUACUUCGUCAAAGCAGCCCUACAGGUACCUCUCAUGUGUGUGAAUGCAUGUGUGUCUUAGACAUACGUAUGGAUGGAUGGUUGGAUGUUUGUUUCUUUGCUCAGGACAACGCCGAGGCGUUCUUUUAUUUGGGUGAGCUGGAGGCGGGCAUCCACGACAGAGAAGAACAGAGGCUGUUCAGCGCAAACAGAAGCCACGUACGGACGCGCAUACACACGCACGUAUAUAAGUAUCUACCCAUUCACACAGUCUGUCUGGCUCUUGUUGUGUGUCUAUGUGGUGUGUGUAUGUGUGUGUCAGGAGAGGAUGCAGCGUGCGCUGCGGUACUACGAGCGGUCGGCCGACUACGGCUCCGUGUCUGCAAUGUGGCGGGAGGGACAGCUGUACGAGCAGGGGUUCGGCACCCCACCCAACUGCAACAGAGCUGUCCUGGUAAGUCACCACACUCGGCCGCAACACACACGUUCGUCUAUGUAUUCACUGAUCAUGCGUGUAUGUGUAUGUGUCAGGCAUACAAGAUGGUGGCCGAGACGGGCAAUGGUGUCAAUGACGUGAGGCGGGGUCUGCAGUACUAUGUCGAGGGCGACUAUGAGGGGGCACUCCUCACCUAUGCGCUGGCGGCCGAGCAGGGCUAUGAGGUCGCCCAAACCAACGCCGCUGAGCUGUACCGCACACACAAGGGAUGCAAAGGCAAACACUGCGCAUCAAAGGCCGUCAGGUCACCACUCACAACCACACACAUCCUCCACUCUCUUUGACCUGUGUGUCUGUUUCUCUGCAUCGUUACGUCAUCAGGUUGCACCAUCGUGCGGUGAGUCAGGGCAAUGUUGCGUCUUUGCACGAGGGGGCGAUGCUGAGGCUGUCUGGCCGGGGGGAUGUCGACAAGGACCUCCAGAUGGGCGCACGACAACUAAAGACGGCCGCACAACACGGCAGCCUCAGGUACGCAUGAUGCAUGCAUACAAGACGGCACACGGCAGGCAGUCGCUCAUGUGAUCAAUAUUGGUGUGUGUGCUCCUCUCCUUCCUUGCCUCAUCUGGUAGUUCUGUCCUGUCGCUGGCUGAGCUCCACGCCAACGGCAAAGCAGCACCCUACAUCGACAAGUGAGGGCACAAACACACACAUACAUGCGUCAUCUCAUUUCCCCUCUAUGUGUGUGCGGCUGGUGUCAGGGAUUUGGGUCGUGCCGAGGAGAAUUAUCGUUAUGUGUUGGAGAGCUGGGCGGCUGAGGAGGAGGGGCCGGCCGACCUGGGCGACAGUGGCGGCAAGGCAUGGACGCGUGUGAGGCGGAAAACGGGGCCCGCACUCAAGCUGGCACAGAUACGAUUCAACAGGUGGAUACGCCACCACACACCAAUAUGACGCAGAAAGGAAGAGAGGGCAGGGAGAGAGGGAGGGAGGGUGUGCAUAUGGUGGAUGGAUGGAUGGAAGGUAGGGCCCACAUAGAGAAGCUGAAAGGAGCUUUUAAUGAGACAAUGCCCCCCUGACUGUCUGGUUGUCUGUGAGUGCGCUUUAUGGUGGG